CAGAGCCACCGCCUCUGCCUCUCUCUCUAGCUCUUUGAAUUCUCUCCAAUAUCAGUGGGAGGGAGAGAGUAAAGGACCGUAAUAUGGCAACGCCGGAAGUUCCACUCCGCUACGUCGGAGUCGAUCGGAGCUCUGCCGCCUUCCGCCUCAUGAAACAAAUGGGAUGGGAAGAAGGCGAAGGGCUUGGAAAAGAAAAGCAAGGAAUCAAAGGAUAUGUAAGGGUGAAGAACAAGCAGGAUACUUUAGGUAUAGGAACAGAUAUACCAAAUGCGUGGGCUUUUGAUACCACUCAGUUUGACAGUAUCCUCAAGAAACUGAAAGUGCAAGUGAUUGAAAAAACAAAGGAUGAAGAUGAUGAGAUAGAUAGAAAUGAAGAUGCUGAAAAACCCAGCCCUUCUAAAGAAAAAAAGGAGGCAGUUGCUAAGGUUACUCGACCUCAAGGGAGGUAUAAGAAAAGAGAGAAGGGAAAGACUGUUCGUGCAUAUUCCUCUCAAGAUCUUGAAGGAAUUCUUGUGAACAAGUCUAAGGCUACAGAGACCUGUAAUGCUCCAGAAGUAUCAGAGGACGAAAAGUCAAUUGAAACCAGUGUUCCAGAUGAAGAAGGAAAAAAUCAAGAUGUUCCGUUAGAUUGGUGGGGCUUCAAACUUGGGUUUGUCGUUGGAGGUAUGCUUGGUGCUGAAUCUCGGAGAAAGAAGUCCCUUGAGAGGACCAUGUUCAAUGAGGAUGAUCAAGAAAAUCUUUACAACCUUGCUCAGGGCACAAAGACAUCUGGUAAACAAGGGCUUGGUAUCAAGGAUCGUAAAAAGAAAAUUGCAGGCUGCUUCUUUGAAGGGAAAAAGACUACUUUUGGUGAUAGCGACGGGGAGGAUUCUUCUGAUUCACAUAGUGGAGUAAAAAGGAAACACGAAAAUUUGGAGGUGGAUUUGGAUCCUGCACCAAGGCCAAAACUCAAGAAACUGUGUAGACGACUUCUUGGACAGGCACCUGGCGAGUCGUUGAAGCUGAAGCAGCUAAAAGUACUUGUUGAUGAACAUUCACCUUUGACGUUUUCCAACUUAUCAAAAGAAGAGGCUCUUACCUCUUUAAAGGAGAAGCUUGAAUGCAGUGACAGGUUUUCAGUGAAGGGGAAGAAAGUCUUGCUGGUGAAAAGAACUUGAUAUAAUCUGUAUGUAUGGAAGUUUACCUACCUGCAACGAUGUGUACAUUGCUGCUGAGCGUAAAUGAUAGAAAUAUAGUAUUUACAGAUAUCAGAUAACAAUAUUUGUCAAUGAAGUAUCGGGGUCGCAUAAUCCUGUGGGUUUUACUAUACGUCCACCACUGGAGAAGAGUCAAUGAGAGGAUAGGCCGUGUUAAAGAAAGUCAAAGAGUUGUUUAUUUGAGUAAUUGAGUAACAGUGAAGGUGUAUUGCAUCAUAAAUUUAUUACUAUAGCAGAGGAAUUUGUCUCUGUUAUAAUUUUGUUUGAAACAAUUUUGUGUAGGACAAGUUCCCAUUUCUGAUUAAUAGAAUAAUGUCGUAGUAACA